ACUGAAGACUCAAAUGGUCACUUUUGAUCGUUCAUAACCCAAUUUUUUCUCUUCUGGUUUCUCUGCCUUUCUUGGUUGUGUGAUCUUCAAUUGGUUCGAUUCAGCUGCCCGAUCACAAGAGCUUGGGUGGGCUGUGACCCAAAUUUCAGCAGAUCUCAGUCAUAUGAGGAGGAGAUCUUCUACUCUGCCUAUGGUGGAUGUGUUUGUGGUACUUGUUGCAUUGUUCAGUGGUGCUCCGUCUCCAUGGGCUGUUGUCAAGGGCAGUCAUCCACAUUGCAAAAAAUUAAGGGAAAACUUGGGCGAAAUUCGACCUCACAGUGUCACCAUCACUGAAUUUGGCGCAGUUGGAGACGGGGUCACCCUUAACACCAAAGCCUUUCAAAAUGCCAUCUUCUAUCUCAACUCUUUCUCUGACAAGGGUGGGGCCAAGCUCUUUGUCCCUGCUGGCCGGUGGUUGACAGGAAGCUUCCAUCUCAUCAGUCAUCUAACCUUGUGGUUGGAUGAAGAUGCAGUCAUUCUUGGAUCAACGAACUCAGAUGAUUGGCCAGUUGUUGAUCCCUUGCCUUCAUAUGGUCGAGGAAGGGAGUUGAUCGGGGAAAGACAUCAAAGCCUCAUCUAUGGGCACAAUUUGACCGAUGUUAUCAUAACUGGUCAUAAUGGAACCGUUGAUGGUCAAGGCAGCAUCUGGUGGAAUUGGUACCAUAACAAAACUCUGAAUUAUACAAGGCCCCAUUUGGUGGAGUUGAUGAACUCAACUGCGGUUGUCAUCUCAAACCUGACUUUCUUAAAUUCACCAUUUUGGACCAUUCACCCAGUAUACUGCAGCCAUGUUUCCGUUCAGAAUCUCACUAUCCUUGCUCCUCUCAACUCACCAAACACAGAUGGGAUCGAUCCAGAUUCUUCUGAUAAUGUCUGCAUUGAAGACUGCUAUAUCAGCACCGGUGAUGAUCUGAUUUCCAUCAAAAGUGGGUGGGAUGAGUACGGCAUUUCAUAUGGUCGUCCCAGUAGAAACAUUCUCAUUCGCGGGAUUACAGGGAAAUCUCAAACAAGUGCAGGAAUAUCAAUUGGAAGUGAGAUGUCCGGAGGUGUUUCAGAAGUUCAUGCAGAAAAUCUCCAAUUUUUUGGUUCUCAUACAGGUAUCAGAAUAAAGACAUCUCCGGGAAGGGGUGGUUAUGUCAGAAAUAUCUGUGUCUCAAACAUGACCUUGGAUGGUGUAUAUAUAGCUAUAAGGUUCACCAGUCAGUAUGGGGAACACCCAGAUGAGUUUUACGACCCAAGUGCCCUCCCUAUCAUAGAACAUAUUACUUUUAAAGAUGUCUUAGGUGAUAAUAUCAAAAUUGCAGGCCUCCUAGAGGGUUUGGAAGGUGGCAGUUUUCAGAACAUUUGCCUAUCCAAUAUAUUCCUCAAUGUAACAUCAAAGUCCCCAUGGAACUGCUCUUCUAUUCAUGGAUAUUCUUACUUAGUUUCUCCAGAAAUAUGUGAGCCUCUGAAGGAGAGUAUCUCCCCUGAGAAAUACUCCGAUUGUUACCAUCUAUCAGAUCCGAAACGGUUUUCCAGUGAAUAAAACAGAUGCUAUGAGUAGCUGUCUUGGUAG